AUGUUUAAUUCAAUAUCAAAUUUUGUUGAAAAAAAUGAUUUGGAUUUAAAAAAACUCAUUGGACUUUGCGCAGAUGGCGCACCUCCGGGCUUAGCUAAAAAGCUCAAGGAAAAAAACCCGCAACGUACACAUUGUGUUAUUCAUCGGCAAGCUUUGGCUUCCAAAACAUUGCCACAGAAAUUACGCCAGACUUUGGACUCGGCUAUAAGGAUUGUAAACUACAUCAAGAGCAGCGCUUUGAACAGUUGGUUAUUUACUUUACUUUGCGAGGAUCUCGAUUCUGAUCACAAAGUUCCGCUGUUCCAUACAGAAGUAAGCUGA